AUGAGAUGCCCCUGGAGCCUCCGCGGAGCCGCCCUGCUGCUCCACCUGUGCCUCCAGCUGCAGUGGCCCCUCCGCGCUGCUGCCCGCCCAGGUGAGGCUUCUCCCAAGACACGAGACGUGCCGCCCAAUGAGAUCCAGGCUCGUUCCCUGCCAGAGGCGGAGCCAGACACAGCAGCGCCCCGGGCCGAUCAAGACGACCUUUUCCAGGAUGUCGACCCCAAGGCCUUGGCAGCUGUUCUCUUGCAAGCUCUUCACCUCGAGCCCGAGAAGCCCGAGGAAGGGCCCGGAGACCUUGAACCCAGCGCCGACGAGGAAAGAGUCCGAAGUGAGACCAAGAGCUCUGACCUGCAGCCAGAGAGGGCGCCGGGCUGGAAAGCCAGGAAGGAGGGGGGCCAGUCCCUAGGCGAGGAGAUGGAGGCCUUGGGGCGGAUGCUGCAGGGCCUGCAACGUUACAGCCCCGUGGCCAAGAGGGAGGAGCAGCCGCAGGAGCGCCGAGCGGCCGCCGCCGCCGCCGAGAGUGCGCCGCGCAACGACGUGCUCCAGGAGCUGGAGGAGUACGAGCGGCUGCGUGUCCACACCAAGCGCAAAGCUCCCCCCAGCGAGCCCUGGGAGGGAGCGCGGAAGCUGAGGCAGCAGCAGCACCUGGAGCACCAGCUCCUGCAGAGGCGCUACGAGGAGCUGGCCGAGAGCCGGAGGCAGGCGGAGGAAGCCCGCCGGGCGGCCGCGGAGGAGGAGCGCCUGGCCGACAUGGCCUCGGACCUGCUGCUGCAGUACCUGCUGAAGGACGGGGAGGACGACGACCAGGAGGGGGACGAGGGGGACGACGAGGAGGGGGAGCGGCAGGCCUCUCGGGAGGGCAGCCGGAAAGGGAGCGCCCUGCUCUUCGAGGACGAGGAGAGCAACGUGGCCGAGGACAAGCGCUCCAACGAGGCGCCCGAGGAGGGCGGCCAAGAGGACGACGGCGACGGCGACAUCGACCCCAACACCAUCGACCGCCUCAUCGAGCUCUCCAGCAAGCUCCACCUGCCCGCGGAUGACGUCAUAGACAUCAUUAAUGACGUGGAGAAGAAGAAGGCGGCGGCGGCGGCUCCGGAGCCCCUCGGCAAGGGCAAGGCGCCGGCCACGCCCCCCCGGGACAAACCCAAGAAGAACCCCGCCUACCCCCAAGGCCCCAAGCCCCUCCAGAAGUCCUAUUACCCCCUCGUCCGCCAGCCCUCCCCUCCCCUCCCGCCAGAGGAGCCCGACUCCUGGAACGAAGUUCUGCGAGGAGACCAGCCCCCCGCCGCCAAGUGGUUCCGGGCCAAGCCCAACAACGUCGUCUCCAACUACAUCAAUCCCAGGACUUUCCGGCCGCCAGCCUACCCCCGCCACCCGCACUUCCCCGGCCCCAUGGUGCCACGGGGUGAAUACUACGAGGAGAGCCAAGCCCCCGGCCAAGAGCUGGAGAACUACAUUGAGGAAGUGCUGAGGAAGCGCCCGCAGGGGUUCUAG